AUGCUCCGUGAUUUCUCUGGCACAGACCUGCGCCCUCUGGAUCUUCUCGCGGAGGUGGUUCCUGCUGGUGGCCUGAGGAACGGGAUUAGGAUGCUCCAAGUGCAGGGGGUGCGUGGAUUCCAGCUCUUGGCUUCCCACCCCCAUUCCCUCUGCUUCCCAGCAUCUCGGAUUUUUCUCCACUGUGACCACUUUCCAGAGGAAUUCUCUAUCAUCGUCACCCUGAGAGUCCUCAGUGUCCCAGGAAAGAAAAAUGAAUACAUCUUCACCAUGAUGGGAGAGGAGAGCAGCCCGGUGCUGGUAGGACUUAGGUACUCACUGAACAAACUCCACUUCCUUUUCUGGAGCAGGGAGCUGUCCAACGGCUGGCAGACGCGGGUCACCUUCCGAGACAUCUCCUUGGUGGACAAUCAGUGGCACACUCUUGUCUUGGCCGUAUCUGGACAUUCCUUCUCCCUCACUGUGGACUGCAGUAUCCCUGUUGACAUGGUGGUGGACACACCGUUCCCUGCAUCCUUGACCAUAAAGGGAGCCAGCUUUUAUGUUGGGAGCAGGAGGAGAAGGAAAGGGUUCUUUACGGGCUUGUUAAGACAGCUGGUCCUGUUGCCAGGAUCUGAUGCUACCUCAAGGAUAUGCACUAACAUGAACCUUAAGCUAGCGGUGCUCUCCAUCCCCCCAGUACUACAGGACCUCCCAGUGAAGCCAGGAAGCAAUGAGGUGCUGAAAUACCCAUACGAAGCCGAGAUGAAGGUGACUUUUGGGUCCCGCCCGCCCUGCACCAAGACUGAGAAAGCGCAGUUCUGGUUUAACGUCUCUCAGAAGGGGCUGCAUCUCUGUAACGGGAGUGCAUGGCUUUCCAUGCUGGAAGGUAAGGGGCACGGGAUCUUCCUAGCAGUGGCUAAUUUUGAGCAGAAUGAAAGGGGUCAGGAGUUCUCUGUAAUAUACAAGUGGAGCUACAGAAAAGAGAAAUUCAUCUCGUACCAGAGGAUCUCCACGCACAACGCUAGGGACUGGGAGGCCUUUGUCAUUGAGGGAGAGGCCUUCCUCGCAGUUGCCAACCACAGAGAAGGAGAUAAUCACAACAUCAACAGUAUCAUAUACAGGUGGAACCCCAGGACUGGGCUUUUUGAGACCAACCAGACCAUUCCUACCUCUGGAGCCUAUGACUGGGAGUUUUUCACCAUUGGACCUUAUUCCUUCCUAGCUGUAGCCAAUACAUUUAAUGGCACAUCCACGAGGAUCUACUCCCACAUUUAUGUCUGGCUCAGUGGCUCUUUUCAGCUCUUUCAGUCAAUCCUGACUUUUGGUGCUGCUGAUUGGGAAGUCUUUCACAUUGGGGACAGAGUCUUCCUCGUGGUGGCUAACAGUCACUGUUAUGACAGUGGAACACUCAUGCCAAGCAACUUGUAUGCCAUCAAUUCCUCCAUCUAUGAGCUGAACAUCACGGCGCAGAUGUUCAUCAAGUUUCAGGACCUUCUCACUUACAGUGCUCUGGACUGGGAGUUUUUUUCAGUGGGAGAAGACUCUUUUCUAGUGGUGGCAAACUCUUUUGAUGGUUUUACCUUCUCCGUCGACAGUAUUAUAUACAGGUGGCAGGGGUAUGAAGGCUUUGUGGCAGUGCACCAUCUCCCAACCUUUGGCUGUAGAGACUGGGAAGCUUUUAACACAACUGGAGGCUCUUACCUCAUCUACUCAAGCGCCAAAGAGCCACUCUCCAAGGUGCUGAAGCUGAAAACUGUCUGACAUGGAAACAGAGUCUUUGGUCUGCAAGACAAAGGGCAAAGCCAGGCAAGGAAGUGACUUGUCCAACUGGGCCCAGGACAGGGCUACUGCUCUGCAGGAAAUACACAAGCUCAGUAGCACUGGGGAAGUCUGAAGCCACCACAGCAAACACAGGAAGGACUCAGAGCCAGAUGCCUGGGUCUGAGCUGUGCUCCCUGUAGGACCUGGAAAGAUAAGAGGAAAUGUGAGUCUAAGGCACUUUUCCUUUUCCCCCAUCAGGAGAUGAGGGGGGUACAAUGAAGACUUCUCUAAAGUGUGCUGGUGACUAUGGUCACCUAGGAGCUGCUGCAGUAGCCAAGGUGCAGCAGAGCAUAUCACACUACACCUACAACCCAUCACCCCCUACUAUACCCCUCAAGGCUGGAGGCAGCAAGUGUCAUAGUGCCUUCCUUGUAUCAUAGCAGUGCCUAGCUGUCAGCUCUCCAUCCCACAUGGGUUCAUCUGCUGGAUGGUAUCUGUGGAGAUGUCAAAGUCACUGGUGCACAAAGGUAACGACAAAGGAACACAAAGGAGCUUUCCUGCUGGGCACUGCCAGCUUCCAGGGGUCAACAACCACUAUGUUUCCCCUGGAAGUGAAAAGAGCAGAGGCAUUCUGGAAUCUCCCUGGCUUGCUGCUAGGAGUGUGUUGCAAGGAGAGUGCCCUUCUGAAGAGCUGGGAUCUGAUCUUCAUGUGUAGGUCUCCAGGUGUGUAGUUUCCAAUGCUUCUAAACCUUCAGACAAAGCUGUGCCUCCACUAAGGACAGUUCUGUGAGUCCUGCCAUGCAAGAGGAGUCUGUUCCAGAAAGUUGCUUGUGACUUGGUUUUUCAAGCUGCAGAGCCAGCAGGGGCAGAUUGAACACAACUUCAGCCCAAGUCAGAGGGCUGCCGUCUGGGGGUCCAUAAUGCAUGAACCACCAUGCCUCUAGUUGUUUCAAACUUCACAGAUCCUUGCUACAGGAGAGAUGGUCUGAGGGCCUUCAGGAAUGAUCCAGCCCUGCAUUUAAAAUAGUCCAAAGAACCUACCCUCUUGUCUGUCUGCCCCAGAGCACUGACAGACAGACGCAUACAAAGAGGCUUUGAUGAGUAUCUAGUUCCAGUUGAAGAGGUAUGAUGCACAUCAUACCUCUCCAACUGAAGCUAGAUACUCAUAACUGGAGGUUUGAUCCCAUAUGUCUGUCUUCUCCAAAAGUGCUAGCAACCUCUUCCAGACUGCAUCAAUUCUUUGUUCCAUAUGGGCACGCCUAUGACCCUAAGGCACCUUACCAUGUCUGCAUAACUGCAUUAUUUCAGCUGUUUUCAAGCCUUAUCCAUGAAUGACAUGUUUAUAUUGUAUAAAUCAAUAGAUAUAUUUUACAACCACA